UAGCAUAGCUGAAAACUUCAUCCCAAAGGUCUUUCAAGUUUGAACCUCUUUACUCACCAAGUUUCCUUCCCCUUCCAUCUUUGCUUUUCACUUCCAUUUCCAUGGACGUGGAGCCGCAAAAACCCCUUGUCUCUCCCAUCAUUGUCAACUCUGCUGCUUCCUCAUCUUCCCCCGAUCAAUCUUCACCUCCACCACCCAAACCACCCGCCAAAAAGAGGGUCGCUGCUAGUGGAUACCGCGGAGUACGCAUGCGCCAAUGGGGCAAAUGGGUCUCUGAAAUUAGAGAGCCCAAGAAGAGGAACAGAAUCUGGCUCGGAACUUACGCCACUGCUGAAAUGGCGGCUCGAGCCCACGACGCCGCGGCUCUAGCAAUCAAAGGCCGCGCUGCUAUCCUUAACUUCCCCGAACUCGGCCCGCACCUUCCACGUCCGCCGACCAAUUCCCCUAAGGACAUACAAGCCGCCGCUGCCAAGGCAGCCGCAUUGGAUUACUUUCCAAGCCAUGAAGCCGUAGCCAAUCCCAGCCCAAUCGUGUCCGCGGCGUCCUCGUCGUCCUCCUCGUCCUCUUCCUCCCACCCUAAGGACAAUGAAGAAUCGCCGAAUUCAUCGAUGGACAAGGAGGAUGACAUGUUUACGGACCUCCCUGACCUGAUAAUUGACUUGGAUCACGGUGGUCGAGGAAGUGAAUUUGAUUACUCGACGCGUUGGCUUGUGAACGAAGCCGACCAACUCGACUCGGCUUUCCAGCUCGCAGAGCCUUUCCAGUGGGAGUCAGUGCCCUACUAAGUUAUUAGUCUCUCUCUCUCCCUUUCUCUUGUGUUGUUUGUUUUGUCUUCUUCUUUGUUUUUUUGUUCUCCGUGGUGGCACACUCGCACCCUGAUGUUGGACACAAAUUACACAGCUCUUUUCGUUUCUGAGAAAGGUUGUUAGAGGAGCAAUCAGGGAGAUGAAUAAAAAUGAAUAAAAAUGAGUGCAUAGAGUUGGAAUUUCUGAGAAGUGCUGUAUAUAAUUGAGUUCCCACUCCAUCACUUGAAUAAAAGUGUGUUUUUUUUAUUUUAGCACUUGAAUAAAUAUGUUGUACGUCAGUUCUUCGGCAAUUAAUAAAUGUACUUGUGUUAUUACU